AAAAACAAGAGGCAGGACAAUGUGUUAACUUAUCUAGAGAUGUCAAAGGAUGUGUUUCUCAAUCUUAUAUCAAAAUGUAUCACCCUAGUUGUUUGUAAAGGAAUUCAAUCAAACAUUCAAUCUCACAAUUUUUUUUGCCAUCGAAAAUGAAUAUGAACCUUUCAAUGAGGAAUAAAACGAAGAAUGUCUUUAUUGAUAGUGUCACUCGAACUGCGGUCUCCAUUGCUUUCACUGAGAGGAAGCAGUUGAUAGAGAUGAUUCUUCAAGAGUGUUUCCUUCUUUGGUUGAUGCUGCACAGUGUAAAGUGUUCUACCUUAGAUACUACUAUCGGCUAUCUUGCUAAUAUUACUUUCGUUUUGUACGAAGAUAUAAAGUUUUUAAGUGAUAGACCCAAACAAACAAAUUUAGAUACCAUUUUUGGUUUAUCAUUAGCAGAAGCACACUUAUCUGCUGCUUUAUCAUCUAAUAACAUCAAAUCUCUCAACGUUGAUCAACGAUAUCGCUUAGAUCAACUUUUUAAAUUAUGUAAAACGUCUUGUACCCAAGGAAAGAAAAAUCUUCUUUUAAAAUAUCCAUCUAACAAACUUAUAGAAGUGAUUUUAGAUUCUGCCAUUUGGAUUCAUCCAAUUAAUUGGAAACGUCACUUUACAAAGACUAAACCUAGGGAAAAAAUUACCAUUCCUGAAUAUGAGACACUUGAGUUGAUAUUUCAUGGAACUCCUAAAGAACGUGAAAGUGAUUAUUGUUUAGGGAUGUUAGUUAAAAAUGACUGUGAACUUCUUGAUACUUGCACUGAAAUUUUAUUAAAGAAAGAUGGAUCUCGAGGCUAUCCAUUAACUCACCGGUUGUUGAUGAUCCAGGUUGCUAAAGCGGUAAGUAUUCAAAUAUUCUGUCAUAGAUCUUCCAAUGGUUUUUUUAAAUCUUUUCAUUUCUGGAUCAUACAGCGACAAUGUAAACGUCCCUCAUAUGUCAAUUUUUCCACCUUAAUUGAAGAAUAUUGUGAGCAGAUUUUUAAGGAUUUGAUUGAUUUAGAUUCAUCCAAUUUUCCAUCAAUAUCUCGAGAUUUAGCUAUGGAACAAAUUACUUUAUGCGGGAUGGAAGGCUAUCUAGAUUUUGUUGAUAAUUAUUACAUCGAUCUUGUAAUGAGUUGGAGGAGUCCUUAUGGAUGUUUCUCUGCAUUUAAGCCGAAUCAACGCUCUCGAUAUCGUACUAAGAAAUCAACGAGUCUCAUGGACCAUGGUUGUGACAGUCAUGCAUCUGGAGUUGCUGCUGCUGCAUUAGGCUUAUUUAUUAGAGCAUAUAUCGAAAAUUAUUUAACUCCAAAUGAUGAAUAAUAGGACGGAAUGCUUUACUCACU